CCAAUCAAGCUCAGCUUGACUUUUGCCCUGUGAUCUAAUUUUGCGUCUGAGGUCGAAUCUGUGACCAGCGCAGGACGAGCUCUUCACGCAGCCGGACAUUGAAGUUACUCAUACACGCGCAGUGAUAUCUUGUACUGAAAUUAUAAUCACGACGUUCAGCAAAAUAGAUUUACCUUGCAAUCCAGUUUACAUUCAUGUGUGCGCGUGUACAAUUCAAUCAUCACACACAAUUUGAGGGGGACAAAUUGUUUUUCUAAAAUGUUUUUCUCUUCCUUUUCUUCUCUCUCUGUCCUCCUCCUUGGAAAAUUUCAAUUAGUUUGAUGUCAGGUCUGGCUGCCCUGGAUGCCAAAUGCUCGAGUCGACUGGGGAUCAUGACUAUUUCCUACUACCUCUGGACCACCUUUGUUGCUGUGGUGGUGGGCAUCAUCAUGGUGUACAUCAUUCACCCCGGAGGAGCCGCUCAGAAGGAGGAUUCCGAGGAGAGCAAGAAGCCCAUGACCAGCUCGGCCGACGCUCUGCUGGAUCUCAUUCGCAACAUGUUUCCAGCAAACUUGGUUCAAGCGACGUUUCAACAGGUAAUUGGAGUGUUACAUUUCCUACCACUGUGUUUUAUUGUGUGAAUGCUGAAGCGCAUGAAAUUUUGAAAAAGCGUGCUUGCAUUUCCCAUUGGAAGGGAUGAAAAUCAGUUUCAGUGUCAAAGCAAAGUUUUAUGUUGAAU